AUGGCUGAGGAUUGUGAUGAUAGUGAAGGAAAAGAAAUCGCGCGACGGCGAAGAAGAGAGGAGACGAGGGACCGGGAUGGUCGAGGAAAUCGACUGUCCUCUAAUGAUUGGCCUUCGAGAGUAUCUCGAAAAAAUGGAGAACCACAUAGCAGAUUGCAGGGUGACGCUUCCGUACGUGGGGCUAUGGAGAAAUCGGUCAAAGCCUACGACAUGGGCCUUGUCGCAAAGCUCAAUGGGGGAGCUAAAUCAGAACCUUCAAAUCGAAAUUACUUUACUCAGCCACAAAACUAUCGACCUUUAUCAUAUACUACCCCCACCCCCGAAGAGUUUCCGCCAUCCCCUCUAGGUCUCUGGCGUUCAUCCAAAGAAUUUAUUAAGAGCCGAACCUCGAACCCAAUACCAAUACCUAGUCCGGGAUCUCAAACUCCAAUUGAAAGAUGGGCUCAAGCAGAUGGCAUCCCACCACCAUUGGGACUGGCAGAACCGGUACCAGGGCAGCCGUCUUUUUCACCGGCGUUUACUGAAAUCCGUAAUUCCGGGGAUAAUGCAAGCGUUUCAUCGUAUGUCACAGAUAAUGAUGCACAUUCUAAUGGAGAUGCUCGAAUGCGUCGGUCAAUGAGUGCAUCACUAUUGGGACAAGGUUUUGAUGAUUCAGGUAUUGCUAGUUCGAUGCAGUCUAGAAAUAGCUGCGACCCAUACGAAGAUAGUGAUUACCAAAUGGAUGAGGCGCCAUAUCAUCAUGUGUAUCAAAUGAAGCGGCUUACGAUCCAAGAUGCACGCACACCUCCAAAGUCUAACUCAUACCCCAGCCAAGUUAAUCACCAGCGAGUUGGCUCAAAGCGAAGAGCUUCAUCUCCCCCGAAUGAAGAUACCAUGAAUUCGGAGCCGACAAGGAAAGGGGUCCUAUUGGAAAGUGUUGGGAGUGAAAUCUACGAUCGUAGUCGAAGAACAUCACCCAUACAUCAAGGUGGAGCACGAAAUUCCCCUGGUGGACCUUCUAAGUGUCGUGCGUCUUCUGGGAUUUUUAGUUCGCAAGUUCCUAGAUCUGCAUCCGGAUCUUUUGCUUCCGCAGCUGCAUCUUCUCUAACGUGGUCCUCAUCAGUCGGUCUAUCUUCAUUAGCCAGCAGUAUUACUACUGUAGACAGGGGAACACCAGCCACCUCUUAUACACCCUCGAUUGACAUGGAGAUUAUAGACGCACCAUUCCGUCAAUCUCAGAUAACACUAGCUGCAAAUAGACCAAAUAAUAGGCAGCGCACUGGAUCUGAAACAACAAUUACGGCUACAGGGGCUGAGAAGGAUACUGUUGCUGUGAAACAUCUCUCGGCACCUAAAAUGGCUGGCGCGUUCAUCUGCGAAUGUUGUCCCAAGAAGCCUAAAAAAUUCGAGACAUACGAGGAUCUGCAGUUGCACGAAACAGAGAAGCAGUAUAGCUGUCAAUACUGCAGCAAUCGCUUUAAAAACAAAAAUGAGGCAGAGCGACAUCAAAAUUCUCUUCAUUUGAGGAAACACUCUUGGUCCUGUGCAGCGCUUUGCGGCUAUGAAGCUGCCUUUCACCAGUCACCACAAAGACCGAAUGCAGAAAUUUGUGGUUACUGUGGAAAAGAAUUCCCAUCGCCCCCACAAUGGGAUGCCCGAGUUGAACAUUUGACGACGGAGCACAAGUUUGGAGAGUGCAAUCAAUCUAAGAAAUUCUAUCGUGCCGACCACUUUAGACAACACUUGAAGCAUAGUCACAGUGGAACAAGCGGGAAAUGGACAAAUGUCCUGGAGAAUGCUUGUAUGAGGGAUGAGAUUCCACCGGCUACAGGGAGCCUUGGUUUAGGAACUUGCGCGACCUCGGCCAUAUCCGAAGAGGGUUCGGACUAG